AUGGCCUUUAUCGCAAACCACGUUUACACAAUCGCUAAUAAAACCCAGUUCCAGGGGAACAACAUGAUGAUAGGCCUGCUGCAAGCGAAACCCGACAACGGCACUCCAUGCCAAGUUUUUAUUCAGGCCAGCAACGAGGAAACAUUUAACCAGCAAUGGCUGAUAAAGGAGGUGGCUGGAAAGCAGCAAGUCUACACUUUUCAGGACAUACGCACAGGGUCAUACCUCGACUUGUCAAACGGAGGAGCGGCCAAUGGGACGCGCGUCCAAGGUUGGAAUCAUGCUAUUGGGACAGCCUGGUCGCCGAAUAUGCAAUGGAAGAUCGUCAAGGACGGAAAUUAUAUGAAAAUUCAAAAUGUUGCUAGCGGCACCUAUCUUGAUCUCUUGAGCUCACCCACCACACAAGCUCAGAACCAUAAUUUAAACAGGUACCUUGUCCUCCCAAAGAGCGUCCGCGACGCGAUAUACGUUAAAUCAGGACUGAAGAACGUAAAGGGGAGAGGUCAGCUUUUCGACAGCGACGACUAUGCCUUUGUUCUCAAAGCCGAGGUGGCGAAGUGGGGUAUUGCCACCCUUCUAGCAGAUGACUUUGGAAUUCUUUGGGGUGUCAUGUUUGGAGAGCAAGGUAGUCGCGGACUCGCCUACAACUUCUACCUAAACGAAAACCUUGACAACGUUAUAUUUUUCGACCCAUACACCGGAGAAGAGAAGGUGGACAUGCAAUACAAGGCCUACUUUGCUGUUUUCUAA